UGAAGGUGGGGAGGGAGAAGAAAGGGGAGGAAAACGGGGAAAGGCAGAUACAACAGAAACGGGGGGAGGACGGUGGAUGAUUUACGCUUUAAAAGUUGCCUUACAACAAAUCUUAAGAGUUGCGGCGAAGAGGAAUAAAACAAGAUGAUAACGCCCUUCUUCCUAGAGAAUUUCUGGAAACAGCCUCAAGGAGGGCGAUGAGGAAGUAAAGUGAUCCUUCUUCUUCUCUUCUAAGAAGUGACAAGAAGGCUUUGCAUUGAAGGGUGAAAAAAAUAAUGGCUUUGAUGUGCUCUACCAUAACAUGAAGCAUGGCCAAAUUUCCUCCAAGGAGCUGACAGACUUCAUCAGAGAAAGGAGUACUAUUGAAGAGGCCUAUGCCAGAUCCAUGACCAAACUUGCCAAAUCAGCUGGCAACUUUUCUCAGCUUGGGACUUUUGCUCCAGUGUGGGAUGUGUUCAAGACCUCAACAGAGAAGCUGGCCAGCUGUCAUAUGGAGCUUGUGAGGAAACUACAGGAACUUAUAAAAGAGGUUCAGAAGUAUGUGGAAGAGCAGGCCAAAGCACACAAAAAGACAAAAGAGGAGGUGGCGUCCACCCUGGAGGCCGUACAGAACAUCCAGACCACCUCUCAGGCUCUGCAGAAGUCCAAGGAGAUCUAUAAUGCCAAAACUGUGGAGCAGGAGCGCCUCCGCAAAGAGGGGGCCACCCAGAGAGAUGUGGACAAGGCUGGAGUGAAAGCCAAAAAAGCCACAGAGACCUACAAGUCAUAUGUGGAGAAAUAUGCCACAGCUAAGUCAGAGUUUGAACAGAAGAUGGCAGAAACUGCACAGAAAUUCCAAGACAUUGAAGAAAACCACAUUCUCCACAUGAAGGAGAUCAUUCAGUCAUACUCGCAGUCUGUCGACGAAACGCACAUCCAAAUAGGAGAGUUCCACAACGAAUUUGUGAGAAACAUUGAGAACACCUCGGUGGAAAGCUUAAUACAGAAACUGGCCGAGAGCAAAGGAACGGGCAAGGAGAGACCAGGACCCAUUGAGUUUGAGGAGUGCAAUGCAGCUAUUGCUACUGAAGGUGCCAAACCAAGAAAGAGAAAACCAUUUGGCAUCCCAGGUCGUAGGAAAGACAAGGACACAGACUCCACGGAGUCGACAGAAGUUGAAGCUGCUAACACUGCCAAUGGCGCUCCCCCUGGAUACUAUGGUGCCAUAGACAUCCAGAAUGCUAACGUUCCCCAAGUUGAUGCAGAGGGCUUCUGUAUCAGACCAGAAGUAAAUGAAAAUGAUGCCAAAGAGAAUACCUUCUAUUCGUCCAGCGAUUCAGAGGAUGAAGAUGAACCCAGGAAGUUCCACGUAGAAAUCAAGCCCGUUCAGCCAAACAACGGCACGCAUCAGAACCGAGCCACCAUCGACGAGCUUAAAGCCUCCAUUGGAAACAUCAUCCUGUCACCCUCGACCUCGGGACAGAUGCGGAGGAACCAGUCCAGGGUCACAGGAGUAUCUACAUUAAGCUCUAAGGCCAAGGGGCCUGGUGAUGAGCUGGCAAAAACCAGAGUGCCAACAUCAUAUGAACUGGCUAACAACGACCUUCUGUCUCUGGACCCGUUCAGCCCGACUCUCGCAGCUGGGUCCUCUCUCUCUGUGUCAUCAACAACAGCUGAGACGGUGCCUCAACGGGAGCGCUCUCCUCCACUGGCAGAAAGCCAACAAUCCACAUCCUCAUCCACAUCCUCUCCCUGGGACUCACCAGAAAACCCUUUCCAAGCACUCAAGCCUGUACCAGCGAGGGCCCAGAGCGCCCCCAUCACCCUGCCGACUGAGCCAGUCGACCCCAUCAAAAGCCUGGCUGCUGCCAGCCCUCCAAAGAGCGUUGACGCCUUCUCUUCCGUGUCCUGGUCCCAGAGCCAGUGGAUCGCCUUCAGUGAUAAUCUCGCUCCACCUCGCCGUCAGGGCUCAGGGCCGUCUGCGAAUGAGCUCCAGAGGACUCAGUCCGGCUCCGGCAGGUCAAGUCGCUUCCUCUCUGAUGACUCUGCUGACGCCUACUGCAAAGCAGUGGGCAGCAGAGAAGACAGCAACUCCUGUUUCUCUGAUGUCUUCUCUGGGAUUACAGAUAGGGCGAUGGCAGCAGCUCCAUCAAGCAAAAUAUUCAAUGUGCCAGUACCAAACCGACCUACAACCCCACUUACAGCUGGAGCCCUGGUUCCGCCACCACGACCUUCCUCCAGGCCCAAACUCCCCACUGGAAAACUAACAGGAAUCAAUGAGAUUGUACGGCCGUUCAGCCCACCCAAGACAUCUAACGCCAGCCCUCCUCCUACUGCACCACUCGCCCGGGCGGAGAGCUCCUCCUCCUUGUCCUCGAAUGCCUCACUCAGCGCUGGUAACACCCCCACUGUUGGAGCUGAGCACACCUUUGCUCCCCCCCUCUCCUCCCCAGAUCCAGAGCUGCUCUCCCUCUCCCCUUUCUUUCUACUAAGCCAAAAGGAUGAUGUGUUCAUAGCGAAGCUGCCUACCUUUGAGAAGCGGUGUGAAACACCAGCAGGGACGUCUCGCGGUCCCAGCCCUGUGACCCUGGCAUCCCAAGAUGCUUUGCCCAUUGCCGUGGCCUUCACAGAGUCGGUUAAUGCUUACUUCAAAGGAGCUGAUCCUACUAAGUGCAUUGUGAAGAUCACAGGAGACAUGACCUUGUCGUUCCCUGUGGGCAUCAUCAAGGUGUUCACCACCAACCCCUCCCCCGCCGUGCUCACCUUCAAACUGAAGAACACCAGCAGGUUGGAGCAGAUCCUACCCAACCAACAGCUACUAUACAGUGAUCCUUCCCAAAAUGACUCAAAUUCCAAGGACUUCUGGUUCAACAUGCAAGCGCUGACGUCCUACCUCAGAAAAGCCUCAGAUCAGAAUCCUUCAGCUUCCUACUAUAAUGUGGACAUCCUAAAAUACCAGGUGCUGUCUGAUGGGAUCCAUUCCACUCCGCUCAACCUGGCCGUAUACUGGAAGUGCACACCGAGUACAGCAGACCUGCGGGUAGACUACCGAUACAACCCGGACUCCAUGGCCUCCCCCGGUCCGCUCACGAACGUACAGAUCUUAGUGCCUGUUGACGGAGGAGUCACCAACAUGCAGUCUCUGCCCAACUCCAUCUGGAAUGCAGAGCAGAAUAAGUGUCUGUGGAAGCUGAGUGACAUCUCAGAAAAGUCUGAAAAUGAAGGCUCCGGGUCCCUGCGGGCUAAGUUUGAACUGUCGAGCGGUCCAUCGAGCCCCUCCACUCUGGCAGUGCAGUUUAUGAGUGAGGGGGGCACCCUGUCAGGAGUGGACAUGGAGCUGCAGGGGACCGGAUACAGACUUUCUCUCAACAAGAAGAGAUUUGCCACAGGACGUUAUAUGGCAGAUUGCUGAGGUGACUCACCACUCUGGUUCUCAAGAAAAAAAAAAAAAAUCUCGCUUGACACAAAAGUUGGCAACUUCGCGAGGCUUCCUGAACCUCUGGAAUCAUCUGUGCACAGUCAGGCUUUUGCCCGGGAAGCGAGAAUCUCACUACAAUAAAACAGCACUGAGUAUUGAACACUGUUAAAAAAAAAAAAAAAACAAAUAAAAGAAAAAGAAGAUGAGCUUUCAGGAAAUGUGUAGAUAUGAAGUUUAAUAAUGCUUUCUGAUCAAUUCACUUUUGUAUAGUCAGAAACAGUUUAUGGAUUAGAUAUAAAUCUAUAUUGUAUUUGAAAUCAUAAAAAAAGAAAAAAAAGUGCACUAACAAUCUUUCAGAUGCUCUUUUUCCUCUUAUAUUCAUUUUUCAAGAGCCUAUAAGGAAUUUAAAACAAAAUCAUGAAUUCUGCGUGGAAGAGAAGAAAAGGUUUCUCCCUCAGAACUGUAAAUAUUAACACUGAAUAUUCUGCUCGACCAGCUCUGACUCAACUCUCGAAUCAGCUUUCUUUACUGAUUUUUCUCUUUUCCUCCUCCUCCUCACCAUUUGUCUUUUUUGAUCAUGUGCAAUGAAGCAAUGAAGGUAGAUUCUGUCUUAAACAGUACUCACACACUCGUGGCACAAGCUUGACAUUUAAAAUAACACGCUUUCAAACAAAUGCAAAAAAAGAAUCUGACCUCAGUGCCUCCUCUUAUACUGUGGAUCAGUAGGCAACAAAUGUCAAUGUUUUACCCAGAUUUGGGUUUUCCAGAUUUAAGCUACGUUUCUCUGUGGUAAAAUGCAUGGAGUUUUUAAUCAAUCACCCCUAAUGGGGUCUGUGAUCAGUGUGGUCUUUUUAGAUUUUCUUUCCUUGUAAAUCCCCCUUUCAGUCAUGUCUUUUCUUACAUUUUUAAGCCCUUAAUUUUUAUUCUUAAUAUAAAAUAUCAGCGAUCUUGACUGUAAAACAUUUUGUCAAAUGUUAGAUGCUUUAAAAAAAAUAUCAAGGGACAUGACCCCAAAUUUAACUUGUAGCCUUUUUUCAAAAACUGGCAGUGUUUUCUUUUUAAAUCACACUUGUGCCCUCUUAAUGGAGAAAUGUGCCUGAAUCCUAACUUUUCUCUAAUACUUUUUGUAUACUACAGCACAGUUAAUGAGAAUAGCACCAACAAUGUGCCAGUUGUGUUAUGUUUUUUUUUAAUCCUUUAUUUGGAUGUUGAAGGGAAACUGUUUUUACAACCCAACUGUCUUCCAGCAAUGUCUGCCUCCUGUGAUUUGAGUUUGAUCAUUUAACUCUUUUUAUAUCUCGUCUUUUUCUAUUCAGUGCUCGUCAAUUGACCUUCACCUCUCAUACACUCACUGUGCAGUAGACGAUGUAAGUGAGCAGUAGCACACUAAAGCCAAAUUAAUGAUCGAAAUGCCUUAUCACAACUACUCGACACUGAGUAAUCCAGUGUUGUUGACUGUGGUUAGAUAUUGUGACACAGUACUGCCAUUGCCCUGUGAUAGAUUACUGACUUGUCCUGCCUCUCACCCGUUGCUUGCUGGGAAAAGCUUUAUCCUCUUGCAACUACUAAACAGCACAAGUGGGUACAGAAAAUAGAUGGUUUGGUGGAUGGAUGGGAAAUUGCCACGUUUGACUCUUGGUGUUUCAUUCUUGUCUUUUACUAAUGAAGGCUGCUGCUGUAGAUGCUGGUGUACUUCUUGAUGGAGUAUGUUUAUGUUGUGUAGGAUGUUUUUCAUUGACCUCAACCAUGUAAUGGUCCUCAAAUUGGUUAAUGUGUUGGUAUGGGACAUGUCUGGAGAUGCAAUUAGUUGCUGGAAGCUGUGAUUGUGAACUGAUGAAACGUUUUAGGGCAGGAGUUUCAUACACUGUGCAUCACUUGGCCAAAUGACCUCGCAGAUAGGACUUUAGGAAAUAACUUUUCACAUCAGGCUUACUGUUUACUGUCCGCUGUGCUAUAAAAUAUGGCUCAUUGUAGUUUUUAACUGACAGUGACUGCAGGUGAUUUAAACUCAUAUCCAUACUUGAUUCAUCUGAUGUCUCUCUUGGAAACUGAUCUUUUUUUUUUUAUUUAUCUCAUCAUAUCGGGCCACAGUGAUUAUGUGUAAUGACCAGUUUUUAAUGUUUUAUAUGACUCAUACGGUAGUACACUACCUGGUGUAAGACUCAAGCCUUUAUUAAUAAUUUAGAUGCAGACGUCUUAAAUAGAUGAUGGAAAUGUCCAUUUAAGUCAUGUCUGUUGAAAUUCAAUUUUGUAUUUCAUUCUGAAUUUUAAUCAGUCAAAUGUUUGAAGGUAGCUGUAAGAAAUGAGUUUACAUAAAAUCUUAAAAUUGUAGCAUCAGACAUUUGUACAGUGUUAAUUAUAUCAGUGGUUUUGGUCAGAUGAGCCGAAUAGAGAAAAAAAAAAAAAAAAAGAGUACACAGAUGUAAUUGUAUUCUGUAUUAGCAAGCUGGUUCUUGCUGUCCCUACAAAAACCUUCAAAAUAAACUUACAGGGCUCCUUUUUUCAGUCACUUUCACAUUCUUUCUUUCUUUAUAUGUUGUAUUAAACAGAGUUUAAAGAGAGCAAAAACUGUGUAAAUGAUUCUCAUAAAUUGUAAAUUUUUACCAAUAUCUCAGCCACUUUGUGUCUCUACUUUAUGAUUUCUCAUUGUGCCUGUAUUAAAUGUGUAAUAUAUGAAUAUAUACAAAUAUAUUAAAAUGACUAAGUGCG